AUUUCCGUUUCGAAUCUCGGAAAGUAGAGUGGAAAAGAAGAACCCAAAGUAGCUACUGUGUUGAGUUACAUAAUACUCUAUUACCAGAGUGAAGAAUCAAUCAUCCCUAAUUACUAGAUUCUCUUGGAAAUUGAAUUACAGAUUUCUUCUAAUUUUCCAAUCUCAGCUGCUGUGCAGGAAGGCUCCAAUCUCUCUCUCUAGUUGUACACUACAGGAGUUGAGAAAGCAAAAAGAAGAAUCGAGGAGGAGAAAUGUCGGUGCAGGAAUACCUAGACAAGCACGUGCUCUCUCGUAAAAUCGAAGACGCCGUCAAUGCCGCCGUCAGGGCCAAAACUCCCGAUCCUGUUCUCUUCAUAUCAAAUCACAUGAGAAAAGCGGUUCCGUCAGUGAUAACGAAAAUAAAAGGGAGGCAGAUCCUGGAUAGCAGAGGAAUUCCUACUGUUGAAGUUGACUUGUUCACCAACAAAGGCAGCUUCCGUGCUUCUGUUCCUAGCGGUCAUGUUACUGGCAUGUAUGAAGCUGUAGAACUGAGAGAUGGGGACAAAGGAAUGUAUCUCGGAAACAGUGUGACUAGAGCUGUUAAGAACAUUAAUGAGAAGAUAUCUGAAGCACUGAUUGGCAUGGACCCGACACUUCAGUCUCAAAUUGAUCAGGCUAUGAUAGACUUGGACAAAACAGAAAAGAAGGGUGAACUUGGAGCAAAUGCUAUGUUAGCUGUGUCAAUUGCUGCAUGCAAAGCUGGAGCCGCUGAAAAGGAGGUUCCACUUUACAAACACAUUUCUGAUCUUUCCAGCAAAACCAACCCGACUCUUCCUGUCCCAGCCUUCACUGUCAUAAGUGGUGGAAAACAUGCUGGGAACAAUCUAGCCAUUAAGGAAAUCAUGAUUCUUCCAAUUGGAGCCAGCACAUUUGAGGAGGCACUACAAAUGGGUUCCGAAACAUACCAUCAUCUAAAGGCUGUUAUAAAAGAAAAAUAUGGUGAACAAGGAUGCAAUGUUGGUGAAGAUGGUGGUUUUUCUCCAAACUUAUCCAGUGUUCAAGAAGGAUUGAAUCUUGUUAAAGAGGCUAUCAGCAGAACAGGGUACAGUGAGAAAAUUAAGAUGGCCAUUGAUGUCGCUGCUACCACCUUUUGCAUAGGUACCAAGUAUGAUUUGGACUACAAAUUCCAAAAUAAAUCUGGGCAGAAUUUCAAGUCAGGAGAUGAUAUGAUUAAGAUGUACGAAGAACUAUGUGCUGCGUACCCGAUUGUUUCGAUUGAAGAUCCAUUUGAUAGGGAGGAUUGGGAACAUGUCAAGCGUUUCUCUGACCUUGGACUUUGUCAGGUUGUAGGGGAUGACUUAUUGAUGUCAAAUCACAAACGUAUUGAAAGAGCAAUACAUGAGUCCAGUUGCACUGCACUUCUUCUCAAGGUAAAUCAGAUUGGGACAGUAACAGAAGCCCUUGAAGUGGUGAAGCUGGCAAAGGAUGCCCACUGGGGUGUGGUGGUAUCUCAUAGAAGUGGAGAAACAGAAGAUUCUUUUAUAGCUGAUUUAUCUGUUGGCCUUGCCAUGGGUCAGAUCAAAACAGGCGCUCCUUGCAGGGGAGAGCGACUAGCAAAAUACAACCAGUUGCUUCGGAUUGAGGAAGAACUGGGUGAUCAAGCAGUUUAUGCAGGUGAAGAUUGGAGAGCAACCUGAUCAGUCCUUCGAAGUUUUUCAUCCUGCAGUCCUUUAUAAUCUAAGUUUGAGGCUUCAAAAGUAAAACUCCCUUUGUAUUGAGCAAGUGGCAUUCUGGAGCAAUGUUGUAAGUCUUUCUUUUGGCUUCGUGUGAGUGUGCCCCCACCCUAUUUUUUUGGAGAACAUGAAGGUGCUUUCAGAAAACGUAGUUGAGUCAGCAAAAGUUUUGUUACAGACCUUGGUUUUAGGUAACUGUAAACAGAAAAAUCGUUCCUGAUCCGUAGUGCAAAAUCCCUUUAUCUUUUUAGUUCUUUAGCUACUGUUUGUGUGUUACGGAUUAUGCAAAUCUUAAAGCUUUUCAAUCCUCUGACUUGUUCCAGUUCA